AUGGGAUGUACAAGCUCUAAUUAAACAACUGAUCAAGUUAUUUGUUAAGUUUCGAAUACACAAAAAAAAUAGAAUGCCAAACUAAAUAUAGGUAUCAAUCUAGAUUCAGAAAACUCAGAAAAAAGGAUGUUUUCGAUUACAAAAAAUCCAAUCGUACAGAGAAGAAUUCAAAAAUCAACUAAACCUUAAGUAUUACUUACAAAAUAACACACUGCUGAAACCUAUGUAUCUAUUUACUGA